AUGAGGAUGGCCCGAUUCGCCAGUGUACUUUCUCUUCUGUCGCUCAGCACGUGUGCGGAAGAUGCCCAAGAGCCACAUGUGUGUGAUGCCUUAGGGCAAGUAAACAUGCUGCAGAUGCAGACUGCCUUGGAAGAUCAGAGCCGAGGCCGCUCGGCCAGGUGCGGGCACUUGCUGCUUGAGACCUGCGAUCCGGCAGCGAACUACCCCUGCAGCAACAACUGCAGGAUCCACACGAACCGGAGAGACUGCUACAGGCCUUUGAGCGCAGUCAUGAAGGAGCAUCCGGGAGAAGAUGGAUAUUGCAUCUUCAACCAGACUGCAUUUUGGGUGAACUAUACCGGCCCACAGCUUCGCUUUGAAGCUGAUGCGAAGGAAGCCAUUCUUACCAUGAGGGGCGCCAGCUACCGGGGGAUCAACACUGGCCUGCCGAUCUUGUACCGUUUUGAAGGGCAAGAAAUCAGCUCGCACAUGGAUGCAGACCACUACCUCUUUGAUGACUUGUAUGGCUUCUCUCUUGGCUUCCUUCAGAACCAGGGCUUGAAUCCAAGUUGGAUGCAGAAUACAAGUCUUUGGAGCUCCCUGUCUGAGCAAGCAUGCCAACGGAUCCAGCAGACCUACCACUUCAAAAGCGAAGAGCUGAUCUUGGCCGAUUGGCUGGACUUCAACCAAGUCAUUGCAGUUAUGACGGCAUGUAGUGCUGGAAUGCCGGCAGCGGGAUCCUCGAACCCUUGGGUGCUGAAAGCCGCCGGCUGGCACGGUCCGUCCGACUGCCGGCCCGUAACCAGCAGAGACUUUGCCAAGCAUCAUUAUGUAAAAUGCGUUCUGGGCAUCAAGAACUCGGCCAUGGACAUGGCUGUUCUGAACGCACGUGCGUGCGUACUUCCGGGCAACCGAAUCGGACAUCUUACUGAGUGUGCAUACAUGCCAGCAGGCAUUGAUUCUUAA